AUGAACCAGAAAGUGGUACUCAUCACUGGCUGCUCCUCUGGAAUUGGCCUCGCCUUGGCUGUCCGCAUUGCAAAUGAUGAGAAGAAGAGGUUCAUGGUCUAUGCAACCAUGAGGAACCUGACUAAGGGUAAGGCGCUGGUUGAGGCAGCAGGUCGGAGUCUGGGCAGAACUUUGGAAAUCAAACAGCUGGAUGUAUGUGACGAGGACUCGAUCAAAGCCUGCGUGGACAGCCUGCCUGAGCGCAGGGUGGACAUUCUUAUAAGUAAUGCUGGAAUGGGGCUGAUUGGACCCAUUGAGUGUCAGUCUAUCGAUGAGAUGAGGACUGUCAUGGAUACCAACUUCUUUGGACUGGUGCGGCUGCUGAAGGAAGUCCUGCCUGACAUGAAGAGGAGGAAAAAAGGCCAUAUUGUCGUCAUUAGCAGCGUCAUGGGCAUCCAGGGGAUUUUAUUCAAUGAUGUCUAUGCAGCAUCUAAAUUUGCAGUGGAAGGCUUUUGUGAAAGCAUGGCAGUACAAGCCCUGAGGUUUAAUCUCAAUAUCAGUCUGAUUGAGCCAGGUCCGGUGAUAACAGAGUUUGAGCGUAAAGUCUAUGAUGAAGGCAUGAAGACUGAUCUCAGCAAAGCUGACAAAGUUACUGCUGACAUGUUCACAAACAUCUACUUGAAGAACUACAAACAAAUCUUUGAAACCCUUGGGCAGACUCCUGAGGAUAUAGCAGAGCAUACUCACAAGAUCAUCACCAUGAAGGAUCCACCUUUCCGUCAUCAGACGAACACGGUUUACACCCCUAUGACCACCCUCAAAUAUGCUGACCCCAAUGGUGACCUCCCAAUUGACACAUUUUACAAAAUGGUGUUUGAACACGAUAAAGUCUUCAAUGCUAGUCUCAACUUCAUCAAGCUGCUACGCUGGAGAAGUCAAAAGAGCUUUACCUUGGACAAAGACAAAGACAAAGACAAGAACAACUCAUAG